AUGUCCAAAGACCAGCAGGUCGUCAUCAUUGGCGCAGGCAUUGUCGGUGCCAAUCUCGCCGACGAACUCGUCCUGCGAGGAUGGAAAAAUAUUACAGUCAUCGACCAGGGUCCGCUGGACAUGCCUGGCGGUUCCACCUCACACGCCCCGGGACUCGUCUUCCAGACAAACCAGUGCAAGUCCAUGACGGGCUUUGCCCGCUACACGGUGGAAAAGAUGCUCAAGCUGGAGCUCGACGGCAAGCCCUGCUUCAACCAGGUCGGGGGGCUGGAAAUCGCCACCACGCCGGAGCGUCUCGAGGAGAUCAAGCGGAAGCAGGGAUGGGCCGCUUCCUGGGGCAUCGACGCCAAGGUUGUUGACGCUGAGACGUGUCUGGAGCUGUAUCCCCAUCUGAACAAGUCCCUGGUGCUUGGCGGGCUGUACAACCCGACUGACGGCCUCGUCUUGGCCGCGCAGGCCGUCCAGCAGCUCAUCGCGCAGACACGGCAGGUCGGCGUCCGGUACCUCGGAUCAACCACGGUCACGGGCAUCAAGCAGGAGAACGGCCGCGUGACGGGCGUCAUGGUAGGCCAGGGCGUCAUCCCCGCCGAUAUCGUCGUCUCGUGCGCCGGGUUCUGGGGCGUCGAGGUCGGCGCCAUGGUGGGCUUGUCGGUGCCGCUGCUGCCCAUGGCGCACCAGUACGUCAAGACGACGGCCAUCCCCGCGCAGGCCGGCAAGUACCAGGAGCGGAACGGCGCCGGCCUGCCCAUCCUCCGCUACCAGGACCAGGACCUGUACUACCGCGAGCACGGCGACCAGUUCGGCAUCGGCUACUACGGCCACCGCCCCAUGCCCGUCGUCGCCGCCUCGCUCGGCCCCACGCCAAAGGACGUCGACGAGCAGCACAUGCCGUCCCGCAUGGACUUUACCCCCGAAGACUUUGCCCACGCCUGGCAGCUGUCCAAGACGCUGCUGCCCCUCCUGCAGGACGCCGAGAUCGCCGACGGCUUCAACGGCAUCUUCUCCUUCACCCCCGACGGCGGCCCCAUUGUCGGCCAGGCCCCGCACCUCGACAACUUUUACGUCGCCGAGGCCGUCUGGGCCACGCACGCCGCCGGCGUCGCCAAGGCCGUCGCCGAGCUGCUCACCGACGGCAAAUCCGGCAUCGACCUGGCCGGCUGCGACAUUGCCCGCUUCGAGCAGGUGCAGCUGACGCCCGAGUACGUCAAAGAGACGUCGUCGCAGAACUUUGUCGAAGUCUACGACAUCCUGCACCCGCUGCAGCCCAAGGACUCGCCGCGCAACAUGCGCCUGAGCCCGUUCCACAGCCGGCACCAGGCGCUCGGCGCCUUCUUCCUCGAGGGCGGCGCGUGGGAGCGGCCGUACUGGUUCGAGGCCAACGCGAAGCUGCUGGCGGACCUGCCGCCCGCGUGGCAGCCCGUGGCGCGCGACGCCUGGUCGGCGCGCUACUACUCGCCCAUUGCGGCCGCCGAGGCGUGGAAGACGCGCACCGCCGUCGCCAUGUACGACAUGACGCCGCUGCGGCGCCUCGAGGUGACGGGCCCCGGCGCCGUGGACCUGCUGGCGCGGCUGACGACGGGCGCCGUGUCGCGCAAGCCCGGCGCCGUCACGUACACGCUGCUGCUCGACGCGGCCGGCGGCGUGCGGAGCGACAUCACCGUCGCGCGCAUCGACACGGAGCUGUUCCAGGUCGGCGUCAACGGGCCCGUCGACACAGCCUACCUGCAGCGCGAGGCGCGGCUGCAGAACAGCCAGUCGCCGGAGCGCGCCGCCUUUGUGCGCGACGUGACGGGCGGCACCUGCUGCAUCGGGCUGUGGGGGCCGCUGGCGCGCGACGUCAUGCGCAAGGUGAGCGCCGACGACUUCAGCAACGACGGGCUCAAGUACUUUCGGCUGAAGCGGGCGAGCAUCGCGGGGGUGCCCGUGGUGGCGAUGCGGCUGUCGUACGUGGGCGAGCUGGGGUGGGAGAUUUACGCGAGCGCCGACAGCGGCGCGCGGCUGUGGGAUGCGCUCUGGCACGCCGGCCAGGAGCACGGGCUCGUCGCCGGCGGCCGCGUCGCGUUCAACGCGCUGCGGCUGGAAAAGGGCUUCCGCUCCUGGGGCACGGACAUGAACGCCGAGCACGACCCGUUCCAGGCCGGCCUCGAGUUCGCCGUCAAGAUGGACAAGGCUGACUUUCGCGGCAAGGCGGCGCUGGCCGGCCGCUCGCGGGAGACGUGCGCGACGAGGCUGCGCUGUCUGACGGUGGACGACGGCCGCUCGGUCGUCCUGGGCCGGGAGCCGGUGUACGUCCAGGGCAAGGCGGCUGGGUACGUGACGAGUGCGGCGUUUGGGUACACGGUGGGAAAGCCGAUUGCGUAUGCGUUUCUGCCGAAUGAGCUGGCUGAGGGCGACGCGGUCGAGAUUGAGUACUUUGGAAACAGGGUGGCGGCGACGGUGAUGGCUGAACCCCUGUAUGAUCCGAAGAUGGCUCGACUUCGCGGCUAG